AUGGCUGCUCACAAGAUCGUCAAGCCCGCUGGUGCGGCUCCUGCUGACGAAUUCGAAUUGUCCAUUGCUCAGGCUCUUGUUGACUUGGAAAACAAUGUUCCUGAAUUGAAGAAGGAUUUGCGUCCUCUUUACAUUACCGCCGCAAAGGAAGCCGAUAUCGGUGCCGGUAAGAAGGCCAUCAUCGUCUUUGUUCCCGUCCCCUUGCAAAAGGCUUUCCAAAAGGUCCAGAGCAGAUUGACCCGUGAGCUCGAGAAGAAGUUCUCUGACCGCCACGUUGUGUUCAUUGCUCAGCGUCGUAUUUUGCCUGUUCCUGGUCGCCGCACCAACCCCAAGCAGCCCCGUCCCAUUUCUCGCACCUUGAAGGCCGUUCACAGCGCCAUCUUGGACGAUCUCGUCUUCCCUACCGAAAUCGUCGGCAAGCGUCUCCGUGUCAAGGUCGAUGGUUCCAAGACCCAAAAGGUCUUCCUCGACACCAAGGAUGCCACCUCUUUGGAAUACAAGCUCGACACCUUCUCUGCCGUCUACAAGAAGUUGACCGGCAAGGACGUCGUUUUCGAAUUCCCUGCUGUCGUUGAUGUCAUCUAA